AGCAGCAGCGCUGGCGGAUUCGAGGAGCGCGGCCGGCGCGAACUGAUUGACUCGGCGGGAACCGGAACGGAAAAACGUCGAAGAUAUUCAAAUCAUCAAUCAUGGUCUUCAUAUACCAAAUGGAGAAGAAUAUGGGAUUCGGCUGAUAUUCUGAUCCACCAUGACGCUGGUCCGUCUGCUGAGGGUGGCUGUCUUCCCCCUGCCACGUCUGGCAGGUGGCAGUGCGCCUGGUCAACGCCUCCAAAUGGCUUCAGUGUUAACAUCACAGCGGCCAAUGUGGCGCAGCCUCUUCACUGCAAGGCCACUACUACAGGCAGCAGACAAGGCUGUUAAGACUAAGGUGGCACCUCGAGAACUGCGGCGUUUGCUGGCUCUUGCUAAGCCAGAGCGCUGGAAGCUUGGAGGAGCUGUGUGUCUGCUGCUGGUGUCCAGCGCCGUGACGAUGGCAGUUCCGUUCGCCAUCGGGCGAGUGGUGGACAUCAUUUACCGCGAGGAGGCCGGCCAGGCGCGCGACCGUCUUGUCACCAUCUGUCUGGGCCUGGCAGUGGUGUUUGUGAUCGGUGCGGCGGCCAACUGCGGGCGGGUCUACCUGAUGACUGUGUCAGGCGCUCGGAUCGCCCAGGCGCUGCGCGGCUCCGUGUUCGGCACGCUGAUGCGACAGGAGGUGGCCUUCUUCGACCGGAGUCGGACCGGCGAGCUGGUGAACCGGCUGUCGGCUGACACGGCCCUGGUCAGUCAGACUGUGACCAGUAACAUCUCCGACGGACUGAGGGCCACCGCCAUGGCUGCCGCCAGCGUCUCCAUGAUGUUUUACGUGUCGACGAAGCUGGCGAUGGUGGGUUUGGCCAUCGUGCCUCCUGUGGCGAUGGUGGCCGUCGUAUACGGCAGAUACGUCCGAAAAAUCACCAGACAAGUGCAGGACGGUCUGGCUGAGGCGAACGCGGUCGCUGAGGAGAAGCUGGCCAACAUGCGCACCGUGCGGGUCCUGGCCCGGGAACAGCAGGAGACGGAGAACUAUACCAACAGCACACUGCACGUGCUGGAGCUGAGCCGACGCGAGGCCAUCGCACGAGCCGGCUUCUUCGGAAUGACGGGUCUCAGCGGCAACAGUGUGAUCCUGGCGGUGCUGUAUUACGCCAGCACGCUGGUCGGAGCCGGGGAGGUCACUGUCGGAGACCUGUCCGCCUUCCUCCUGUACGCCGCCUACGCCGGAGUGGCCGUCGGCGGUCUGAGCUCGUUCUACACAGAGCUGCAGCGCGGCCUGGGCGCCAGUACGCGCCUGUGGCAGCUGGUGGACCGUCAGCCGGAGCUGCCCUUCACGGGCGGACUGCGGCCGGAGAGCGUGCGCGGAGACCUGGGGUUCAGUGGAGUGACGUUCUCCUACCCCAGCCGGCCGGAGGACGCGGUGCUCCAGGACCUCAGUCUCACCGUGCCGCACGGCUCUGUGAUGGCGGUGGUGGGCGCCAGUGGCUCGGGUAAAUCCACCAUCGCCUGGCUGCUGCUGCGGCUGUAUGACCCACAGGCGGGCACGGUGACACUGGACGGCACAGACGUCCGGAAACUGGACCCCAUGUGGCUCCGGGAGCAGAUCGGUGUCGUCAGCCAGGAGCCGGUGCUGUUUUCGACCACUAUCCGUGAGAACAUCCUGUACGGCGCGCGGGACCCGGCCGCUGUCAGCGAGCAGCAGCUCCGCUCUGCCGUCCAGCAGGCCAACGCCGCCGAGUUCAUCGACAGGCUGAGCCACGGGAUGGACACAGUGGUGGGAGAGCGGGGAGUGAUGCUGUCCGGCGGACAGAAACAGAGGAUCGCCAUAGCGCGCGCCAUUCUCAAGAGCCCGCGGUUGCUGCUGCUGGACGAGGCCACUAGCGCGUUGGACUCGGAGAGUGAGAGUCUGGUCCAGGAGGCGCUGCGGAGGCUGAUGGACGGGAGGACGGUCAUCACCAUCGCCCACCGUCUCAGCACCGUCCGACAGGCCGACUGUAUCGCGGUGCUAAGCGGCGGCACGGUGGCCGAACAGGGCUCCUACGAGGAGCUGAUGGCUCGUCCGGACGGCUUGUUCCGUAAGCUGGUGGAGCGACAGACUAUCGAGAGCUGAGAACGCCGAGCCAACAGGUGAAGGAGGGCGACGAGUGGAUAGGAGCGCCGCCGCGCGACGGGUCACAGGAUGUCGGUCGGUCGUGAGUACGAGACCGAUCGAGAGACAGAUGAAACGCGAGCCCCGCGGAUGGAUAACGAAUAUUGAAAGGUCAACACGUGGGUGAGAUGCUAUUUAUUGUCGGCUCAUCUAGGGUCAGAAGUUGGGUGUGGUUCGUAGGUUACCGCCCCUGAGACGGACUUUGAGCUUAGUUUGAAGCCCUCCGUAUUCCGAUCAUACCGCCUGGUCUGCUUUACUGUUAUGCUUCAGAGUCGGUAGCCACUUGUGUUCUUUAGUUCGAUUUACCGAUGCUUCGACGCGCAGAAAAGAAUUGCUAUACCUGUUCCGAAUAGUUUUAAUACGUUGCCCCUGUUAUGUUGACAAUUGACAUGUACGGGGACUCGGUUGUGACUGGGUUCAACGUUGAUGCAUAUUGAGAUCCGCCAGGUAGUCCCCACUAUGCACAUCAGAAUGUAGAAGAAGAAAUAUUGCGGAGUAAAGCAUAAUAAAUUGCAUAAUUUACAUGUAGAGCUUCCAAGCCUCUAGGAUAUUAAGUGUUAAUUGCUGAGCUUCAUUGGAUAACGCAGUUCAAAUACCGUAACUAAUUAACAUAUCGGUCUAAAACACAUUCAGUGCUACUGCCAAUGGUUAUCUGGCUGGCCUAUUAUAAUUGUGCAUGCUGGAUUUUUAUAGUUUAUUCACACGCCUUACGGGCUGCCUCAAUAGUCACUCACUGGUUGAGUCGAGAGGUGGCAGAGAUGGUGAAAGCAAGCACGAGAGCUCAGCGUAUGAUAUACUGGCUGUGAACGCCCCAGACACCGAGGUGACUCCGUCACAUCAGCCGUCUGGUGCCGCCCGAUCUAGAUCGCUCUUCCAUUACAGCCUCUCUCUCUCUCUCUCUCUCUCUCUCUCUCUCUCUCUCUCUCUCUCUCUCUCUCUCUCUCUCUCUCUCUCUCUCUCUCUCUCUCUCUCUCUCUCUCUCUCUCUCUCUCUCUCUCUCUCUCUCUCUCUCUCUCUCUCUGUCUCUGUCUCUGUCUCUGUCUCUGUCUCUGUCUCUGUCUCUGUCUCUGUCUCUGUCUCUGUCUCUGUCUCUGUCUCUGUCUCUGUCUCUGUCUCUGUCUCUGUCUCUGUCUCUGUCUCUGUCUCUGUCUCUGUCUCUGUCUCUGUCUCUGUCUCUGUCUCUGUCUCUGUCUCUGUCUCUGUCUCUGUCUCUGUCUCUGUCUCUGUCUCUGUCUCUGUCUCUGUCUCUGUCUCUGUCUCUGUCUCUGUCUCUGUCUCUGUCUCUGUCUCUGUCUCUGUCUCUGUCUCUCUCUCUCUCUCUCUCUCUCUCUCUCUCUCUCUCUCUCUCUCUCUCUCUCUCUCUCUCUCUCUCUCUCUCUCUUUCUCACUCUCACUCUCACUCUCACUCUCUCUCACUCUCUCUCUCUCUCUCUCUCUCUCUCUCUCUCUCUCUCUCUCUCUCUCUCUCUCUCUCUCUCUCUCUCACUCUCUCACUCUCUCACUCUCUCACUCUCUCUCCCACUCUCUCACUCUCUCACUCUCUCACUCUGUAACGAUUUUAGCGGUCGAGUAUAUCUGGGUUCAGGCUGGUGGUGUAGUAUGCCUUUGUGGUGUAAUGGCUAUCGUGUUUGUUUUUUUUUUUUCUUCAGAGGAAUUCAGGCUGUCGUAUACCGAAAGGGUUUCGAUGCUUAGCAGCUUCCAGCUUCGUGUAUUGCGGAAGCGUUGCCGAAUUUCACCAAGCGAAAUCGGGAUACAUAGUAUUAUUGUUAUCACAACGGUUUGCUACAAUGUCCUUUGCAGUGUUCUGAAGUCGGCAUAUUCAUCUUGUACCGAACAAACUGCCUGCAAGUGAGAAUCAUGAACUGUGUUGAGCACCUGAUCCGCUCUGUUGUACCCUUGUCGCGUUGCUCGCUAUUUGUCUAGCGAGUGUGUAUGUGUAUACCCAUGUCAUUGAACGGGUAAUUGGCUCUGCACUGGUGAUGGUUUCAGGACCUGAAUGUGCCGGAACGCCGGUACCGCUCGUCGUGAAAUCAGUCACGUUUCGCUCGUGUUGAGCGAUACAGUUGUUCGUUAGUUGUUACCGUACUGGGUGUUUCUGCCAUGCGUGCGGUGCUGGUUAUAUGCCUAGUUAUUUUUACAGAUAUGUUGAUUGUAUAAAAUACAUGUUUUUAUCAAGGCC